GCACCGGAAGUGAUGUCAACGUCAUGGCACGUAUUCUAGCACUGUUCCGGUCUUUGCCGUCCUGAAGCUAAGCUAGGCGACCACUCGGGAUGCCGUCGAUCGACUACGACGACUCCAAGCCCAGCUGGGCCGACCAAGUCGAAGAAGAAGUAGACGAAGGAACGCUUCCACCCCUCAAAGAAACCAUCAAAGGAAACAUCAAAACUAUUACAGAGUACAAAAUCGACGACGAUGGAAAGAAGUUGAAGAUUGUGCGGACGUUCAAGAUUGAGACCAGGAAAGCCUCCAAAGCUGUGGCAAGGAGGAAGAACUGGAAGAAAUUCGGCAACUCCGAGUUUGACGCCGCGGGCCCGAAUGUGGCCACCACCACCGUCAGCGACGAUGUCUUCAUGACGUUCAUCUCCAGCAAAGAGGAUCUGAACUCCCAAGACCAGGAUGAGGACCCCAUGAACAAGCUGAAGGGGCAGAAGAUCGUGUCUUGUCGUAUCUGUAAAGGCGACCACUGGACCACCCGCUGUCCCUACAAGGACACGCUGGGCCCCAUGCAGAAGGAGCUGGCCGAGCAGCUCGGCCUCUCCACCACCGACAAGGACAAGCCCGCCGGCUCAGCCGAACCAGAGCCCGUGCAGCCUGCACAGAGCAAGACUGGCAAGUACGUGCCCCCCAGCCUGAGGGACGGUGGCACGCGCAGAGGCGAGUCCAUGCAGCCCAACCGCAGAGCUGACGACAACGCCACCAUCCGCGUGACCAACCUGUCCGAGGACACCCGCGAGACUGACCUGCAGGAGCUCUUCAGACCCUUCGGCUCCAUCUCCAGAAUCUAUCUGGCCAAAGACAAGAACACUGGGCAGUCCAAGGGCUUCGCGUUCAUCAGUUUCCACCGUCGCGAGGACGCGGCUAGAGCCAUCGCGGGCGUGUCAGGAUUCGGAUACGAUCAUCUUAUUCUCAAUGUUGAAUGGGCCAAACCAUCAAACAACUGAGAACUUCGGAAUAUUCCAUCACAAGGCCACAUUUUAUUGCUGUGCUAAAAUAUGGCUGUUACCUUAAUAAAGAGAAUUAAUUAAUUUCA